UCAUAGUUUUUCAUGUUCUUACGAGCACCAAAGUUUUUUCACCUAUUUAUCUUUUUAACAAUCUGUUUUUGAUUGUUUGUGUAUAUAUGAUCUGAACUGGUGUGCACGAUGAUUAAUCUGCAAAACCCACUUAUUUUGCUGGAAAAAGGUGGCUUCAUAUGAAUAUUAGUGUUUUUGAUUAUUCAAAACCUUAAAUUUGUCACCAAGCGCUUGCAACAUCUAUUUAGGUUGCACACAAGUUGCUCGAUAAAAUGCUUGAAUGAAGUUUUAUUCUCACAUUGGUUACGUUCAAGUGUAUGCCACCAUAAGGGUCGCAACGGAUCAGGCAUGUGGAAAUUCAACAGAAGUGGAAGUAUGUUUCGGAUACUUCAAAGGAAUAUAACCCAGGUAUCACUCAUUAGAGGGAUUGCUAUGGGAGGUGGUGCAGCCAUUGCAAUACAUGGUAGAUUUUGAGUUGUUACAGAUAAUACGCUUUUUGCAAUGCCGGAGACUGCAUUAGGGUCAUUCCCAGAUGUAGGUGCAUCUUAUUACUUAUCAAGACUACCUGGAUUCUUCGGAGAAUAUGUGGGUCUUAUGGGUGCAAGAUUGGAUGGUGCUGAAAUGCUUGCAUGUGGUCUUGCAACCCACUUCGUCCCGUUAGAGAAAUUAUCCUCAUUAGAUGAUGCAUUAUGCAAAGCAACUACAGGUGAUCCAAAAAUUAUCAACAAUAUUAUACUACAUGACUUCUCAAACAAAAAUCCUACGUUAAAAGAAAAGAGCCACUAUUUCCGGUUAAAAACCAUUAAUAGUUGUUUCUCUCGGAGAACUGUUGAGGAGAUUAUCUCUGCACUUGAGGAGGGUGAUAAAAAGAUGGAUGACUGGAUCUCAUGGACUAUCCAGGCCUUAAAGAAAGCAUCAGCAACAAGUCUCAAAAUUUCUCUUCGCUCUGUACAUAUACUGCUUUAAGAGCCGGUGUUUACCUUGAAUCCGAUAUUUUACCACAUCGUGAGAUUGAUGCGGUUGACCCUAAAAGCCGACACAAGGGGAAUCUCGAGACCGAGAUCUUACUAGAGUCAAAAGGUGUCAACUACACUUCUAUAAGACCCGUUUAUAUCUACGGCCCGGGCCCGUUGAACUACAACCCUGUCGAAGAGUGGAUUUUCCAUAGGUUGAAAGCGGGCCGACCCAUCCCCAUUCCCAAAUCAGGUUUGCAAGUAACCCAACUCGGUCACGUAAAUGUUAGUAAAAGUGUAAAACUAAUAAUUAUUAGCAAGAGCUUGCGCUAAGGUAAAUUUCUUUAUAAUUUUUGAAGCUUUAAUCGAAAAAUUUAUAACAAGAUAUUUUACGAUUUAAUCUUGCAAGCUGGUGGAUUCCCUGAGCCCGAUAUCAUUCACUAUAAUCCUAAGGAGUUCCAUUACGGUAAAAAGAAAGCAUUUCCAUUCCAGGACCAGGUAAACACCAACUUAUAUAUACGUGCGGAAAGUCAACCUUGUGUCUGACUUUUGUUAUCGAUAUAAACAUUGUUCGAACCUAAUCAUUCAUUGGCAAGUUCUAAAAUUUGAAACACGGUAAUCAAUUUGCAAACACGAUCAAAGACACGGGACACGCCUAUACAAUUUCGCAACAUCAUAAUCUAGAGCUUAUAAACGGGUCAAUUCAAGUUUGACCAACCAGUCCUAUAAGGUUUGGUGGUAGUUUUGACCCAUUUACUUUUCUAUGAGUUACUUUGGUUCAUUUUAAUCUCAAACUAAUCAAACACGACAAAUAAAAAAAUUAACUAAAAAGAGUUGAGCGAGUCAAAAGUAAUCCAAAGUGUUUUUAAUGCAUACUAACUCAUUUUUUUAAACUAGGAUUUCCCAAUGAUUGGCGUCAUGGGAGGCGCGAUUCCGAUGGGAACUUUUUGUUAUGGAAGAUCAUGUACUGUAUGAAUUUCUAGGGCUUGCACGAGAUGAAAAUGAAGAACAUGGGAGGCUAUUUUUAGAGCGAUUUAAUAUUUUUUUUUCACUAAACAAUGUAUUAAUUUUUUUAAAUCUUCUUAUUUUAAGUAAUUUGAUGUAACUGAAACUUACAGUC